ACUCUCAACUCUCAAGCUUAGCUUUAUGUUAUCAAACACCCACACCCUCUCUCUCUCUCUCUCUCUCUCUCUGGUAAGCACAGAAACAGAAAGAUCUUCAGAUAUAUAGAAUCUAUACUCACCACCUGUCUCUAUCUCUCAUAUCGGACCCCACGUCUCCCCUCCACCUCCACCACCACCACCACCUCCUCCACCACCAACACCAACACCAUCCCAUUAUAUUUAAGUUUUGAACACCCCUUGCCAAAACACCUACCUCAUUCUCUUUUAUUUCUUUUUUAUAACCCUACUUCGUUUAUCUUUCUCUAUUAAUCAAAGCAAAAUAUUACACACACACACACACACACACACACACAAAACAAACGUAACGAACUUUUCUUUAUCUUGUAACUAACUCUCACCGACUUUACGGGCUAUGCCUACGCCGGUAACUACAGCGAGGCAAUGCUUAACUGAAGAAGCAGGUCACGCGCUCGACGAGGCAGUGAACGUCGCUCGCCGAAGAGGACAUGGCCAAACUACGUCGCUUCAUGCCGUCUCGGCUCUCUUAUCACUCCCUUCGUCACCUUUACGUGACGCGUGCGCGCGUGCGAGGAAUUCUGCGUACUCAUCGAGACUUCAGUUCAAAGCGCUCGAGCUCUGCCUCGGUGUGUCACUAGACCGGGUGCCGACGAGUCAACUCAGCGAUGACUCACCUCCCGUUUCGAACUCGCUUAUGGCUGCUAUUAAACGGUCCCAAGCGAACCAGAGGAGACAGCCUGAGAAUUUCAAUCUGUAUCAUCAAAUUCAACAGCAGCAACAACAAUCGUCUUCCUCAAUUUCUUGUAUUAAAGUGGAACUUCAGAAUUUGAUUCUAUCGAUUUUGGAUGAUCCGGUUGUGAGCCGGGUUUUUGGUGAAGCGGGAUUUCGGAGCUCCGAAAUCAAGUUGGCUAUUGUUAGGCCGUUACCGCAGGUUUUUAAAUUUUCUUCGUCACGUUUCAAAGGCCCGCCUUUGUUUUUAUGUAAUUUAUUAUCAAGCGAGGAUCCGGAUUCGUUAUAUUCGGGUCCGGGUCGGAGGGGUGUUUUCAGUUUUCCAUUUUCGGGCGGGUUGUUUCUUAACAACAACAGCAACAACAAUAAUAAUGGGGAUGCUAAUUGUAGGAGAAUUGGUGAGGUUUUAGCAAGAAACAAAGGGAGGAAUCCUCUGCUUGUAGGUUUAUCUGCUUAUCAUACACUUGCAAGUUUCAGUGAGAUGGUAGAGAAAAGAAAAGAGGAUGUCUUGCCUGUUGAGUUAUGUGGCUUAAGUGUCAUCUGCAUGGAAAGUGAUGUUAAUAAGUUUAUAACAAGUGAGAAUUUUGAUAAAAAGAGUGUGGAUUUGAGGUUUGAGGAGUUGGGUCAAUUUGUGGAGAAAAGUUUAGGACCUGGGUUGUUGGCGAAUUUUGGUGACUUGAAGGCAUUUGUUAGUAACGACGAUCAUAAUAAUGGUAUGGAUGAUGCCGUUGGUUAUGUUAUCGAGAAAUUGACAAAGUUGUUGCAGUUAUAUGGAGGAAGAGUGUGGCUUAUCGGUGCGGCGAGCUACGAGAACUAUUCCAAGUUUGUUGGGAGAUUUCCUUCCACUGAAAAAGAUUGGGAUUUGCAGCUCUUGCCUAUCACUUCUCUCAGGACUCCUUCCGUGGCUGAAUCUUAUCCCAGGUCAAGCUUGAUGGAGUCAUUUGUUCCAUUCGGUGGGUUCUUCUCUACACCUUCUGACUUGAAUGUCCCUUUAAAUAGAUCAUGCCAGUAUUUACCCCGUUGUCAUCUAUGCAACGAGAAGUGCGAACAAGAAAUACUUUCUGUUUCAAAGGGAGGAUUCAUUGGUUCAGUAGCAGACCAGCACCAAUCUAGCUUGCCUUCUUGGAUAGAGAUGGCUGAAAUUGGCACAAACAAGGGACUGGAUGUGAAGACCAGAGAUGAUGGAAUGGUAUUGAGUACCAGAGUUGCAGGUUUGCAAAGGAAAUGGGACAGUAUAUGUCAGCGUCUUCAUCACACCCAACCACCUGGGUCAAAUACUCAUCCCCCUCAGUUUCCAGCUGUUGCGGGCUUUCAGCUGGUCGAAGGUGAAAAGGAAGAUGCUGAAAAUCUCAGCAGCAAAGAUACAAGUGCACUGCUAAAUGGAAACAGAUGUGUGAAUGUAAAUUCAUACAUUCCCUCUGACUUACAGAAGACAUCGAGAAAGCAGUUAGGUUUCUCUCUUCCUGUUGUUUCUGAGGCUAGGAGUGAUAGCAUUCUAUCCAAGCAAUGGGAAAAACCUUCCAAAGAAGAAGAUCUCGGGUCAAGUGGCCUCAGAUCUCCAUAUAGUUUUUCCAAUUCAUGCACGGUUGAUGGCAGUCAAGCAUCUCCUACAUCCGUGACUUCUGUGGCCACAGAUUUGGGGUUGAGGAUAAGUUCUAUUGGUACUGAGCUGAAGAAAACUGUAAACCAAAACCACAUGGAGCUUCCACAUGACUUGUCAGGUUCUUUUUCAGCAAACGUUGAUCUUGUGCAUGGGAGUAUCUCUGACCAUCAGGCUCGAUCAUCAUCAUCUUCUCCUGUCUUUGGUGGGCAGUUUGAUCCCAGUAAUGCAAAGAUGCUCUUUAGAGCUGUUGUUGAAAGAGUUGGCUGGCAAGAUGAAGCAAUACGCAUUAUUAGCCAAACAAUUGCUCACUGCAGGGCAAGAAAUGAGAAACGCCAGGGAGCAAGUCUCAGAGGGGAUAUUUGGUUCAGUUUCUGUGGACCUGAUAGAUGUGGGAAAAAGAAAAUUGCUUCCGCCCUUGCUGAGAUCAUAUAUGGAAGUAGGGAAAACUUUAUUUCUGCAGAUUUAAGUAGCCAAGAUGGGAUGGUUCAUGCCCACAUGGUCUUUGACCGCCCAGAGAUGAGUGGCUACACUGUAAAGUUUAGGGGGAAGACCAUGGUUGAUUUUGUUGCUGGGGAGCUGUGCAAGAAGCCCUUGUCCAUUGUGUUUCUUGAAAAUAUAGACAAGGCAGAUGUGCAGGCUCAGAAGAGCUUGUCGCAUGCUAUUCAGACUGGUAAAUUUGCAGAUUCCCAUGGGAGAGAAGUUGGAAUCAGCAAUGCAAUAUUCGUGACAACUUCAACAUUGACAGAGGAUAAAGUUGGCUCUUCUAGCAAUGAUUUCUCCACCUAUUCUGAGGAGAGAAUAUUGAAAGCCAAAGACUGGCCAAUGAAGAUAUUAAUUGAACGAGUUCUUGAUGAAGAAAUGGGCCAAAUUAUUACUCCAAUCACUGCGAAAAAGGACAUCCCAAGUUCUAUCUUUUUGAAUAAAAGAAAGCUGGUUGGGGCAAACCAAAAUCUUGACCGCCAAGAAAUCACAGAGAUGGUGAAACGAGCUCAUAAGAUGUCAGCUAGGAAUCUAGAUUUGAACCUUCCUGCCGGAGACAAUGACUUGCUAGACACCGAUGAUGGAAACUCUGAUAAUGAUCCUGAAUCUGAUAUCUCCAAGGCUUGGUUGCAAGGUUUUCUUGAACAAGUGGACGCAAGAGUGUUUUUCAAGCCUUUUGAUUUUGAUGCUCUUGCCGAGAGAAUAUUGAAUGAGGUUAAUGGGUGCUUCCACAAGAUUGUAGGCUGGGAAUGUUUGCUAGAUAUUGAUCCAAAAGUCAUGGAGCAAUUACUUGCAGCUACCUAUUUAUCCGAUCAAAAUAGAGUGGUUGAGGACUGGGUACAGCAAGUUCUUGGUUGGGGAUUUGUGGAAGUUUUGAGAAGGCACAGCCUGAAAGCAAAUUCUAUCGUGAAACUUGUUGCCUGCAAGAGCUUAUUUUUGGAAGGACGCAUGCCAGGGGUUUACCUUCCGACAAAAAUCAUUAUCAACUGAUGCCUUCAUAAAGGGAUAUUCUUGUAUAAUUUAGCAUUUAGGAUCUAGUAGCUUCUGUUUAGCCUCUUAAUCCCGUUAAUUUUAGGGGGUUUUGCAGGAUAGGUAUGUGUAACUGUGUAUUAUGUAUAAUCUGCGGUUAGUGCUUGUGUGGUAUGUCAUCUACUUGUUAAAUACAUAAUUAGAUUUCUUCAUUGCUUUUA